AUGAAAACUGUAAAACUAUACAAACACUGGUAAUCAGGGUGAUAAGAUAGACCGUCAAAAACCUUUUGAAUACCAGUCCUGUGCAGUUACAAUCGCGUGACGUUAUCUUAAAAAAGUUAUUGUUUGUUUGCUAUGAACUUCGGCAUUUAACUGACACUUCAACCACAAUAUUUGCUCCAGAAAUUCUGCCUAUGACUAAUGCUGCAUAUGCAUUGCAUAAAUUGACUAUACUGGAUGUAUCUUAGCUGAAUGGAGACAUUCAUACAAAAAAGAAACAGCUUGUUAGGAUCAGCGAAUUUUGAGAGCUAAACAUUUCCACCUACAAAAUGGCUGCAUGCUUUGUACGAGUUAAAAAAUGGAAAUCUGAACACUUGCCAAAAUAACAACUACUGGUGAAGAAUUAUUUCGGAUUUCAGUUAAUUUAUCUCUGUGACGCCAGCCUUGUCGAUAUACAGGCGUUGCAAUUUUUAUCAUUAUAAUGUGAAGAUGACCACUAUCCUUCUAACCUGAUUACAACAUAUGUUAUUUGUACAUGUGCUGCCAUCUCGACUAGAUCCAAAUUCAUAUUAAUUUCAAAAUGGCUACUCAUGAUACCAGAAAGCGCAAAGCUCAUUUGAAUCAAUGAAGUGAAAGAAAUUUAACUAUUUGUGUACUGGGCAUCAUCAAUACUGAGAACGGUAAACCAUAUAACUAUAAAAAAAAUGGUGAUGAUUAAUCCGUCGGAGGAUGUCUAGUCAUUUCUAACUGAAUUUUCAUUACUUUUUGUGGUGGACACGUGUAUUCCAUUAGGAAUCCAUCCGUGGAAGACAACCAGAACAUUUGGAAGAGUUGGAUACGGACGUUGGAUCUCGUUUGCCUAGUAUUGCUGAGAUAUGUUUGUCAAUAAUUUUUAACAACAACACUAAUCACCAUGGCUACAGGGCGGCAGCCUGCUCAGCGUGGAGAGCAACUACCUGUAAGGGUGAAAGGAAGUUCUAAAUGUCCGAAUCACAAACAAAACGAGAUCAUCUUUGUUUGUAUUGACUGUGACGAAGAACUUAUUUGUGCUACAUGCAGCAUAACGACACACAAAUCCCAUGAACUUGUGGAACUCUCCAGUGUAACAAGGCAGAAAAACAGUAUGCUGCAAGAAUUUAUCAAUAACACUGAAAAAUAUGCUCUACCUCAACUGAAAAUGGAGAUUCAGUCCACACACAACGAGUUGACAGAAAACAGUCCUUACUUUUGCCAACUUCGAACAAGAGUUAAGGAACAGGGAGAGAAGUGUAAACAAGAAAUUGAUGACUUGAUCACAGAAAAUAUCAAAAUCUGUGACAAGAUGGAAAUCUUAAACCAGAAUUUACUGAAAGAUCACAUCAACGAACUUCAGCAACGAUACGCCUCUUUGGACAGUCUUUUGAAUGAGUGUAAACAAACACUUCAAACUGGAACAGCACUUCUUGUGCAUGACUUGGUAUCGGAUGUCCAAAAACUUGAUUCAAAGAUUCCAAAUUUGCCUACACAAUGCCGGCCAGAGUUUCAUCUAUGUAGAGACACACUUGAGCAGCUGAGAGAGGUUAUUGGCACACUUUCUACUGACAGAUUCCACAAGGAAAAAGUGAUAAAAAUCAAACUGCUAAAAGAACCAGUAGCAUGUUCAAAAUUCAAGUUUGGACACCACGUCACUACAAUUUGCCCUACACCAGACAGUCAUGCUUGGGUCUGUAACUUUGAAAGCAAUUUGAUUGAGCUUAUUGAUACCAAGGGGCAAACUCAACAGGAUGUCAGACACCUAGACAAAAUUCGGGACAUCAGCAGAUCACCAAAAACAGGACACAUCUGGUUUUGCUGUAAAGAAGCAAAAACUGUCUGUGAAGUUUUCGCAUCGUCAAAGAAACCAGUCAUCAAAUUCAAAACAAAUGACCAGCCGUACAGUAUCUGUGUGACCAAGGAGGGGUCUGUUGUACUGGGUACUGUAAACAAAGUAACCAUUUACUCAGAGAACGGCGUUAUUCUCCAUUCCAGUUCACAUGAGAUGUCUGGGAUUGCUUCACCAGGGGAAAUAACCCAGUGUCCAAUUACCAGCAACAUCGCAGUACUGACUGCUGAAAUAUUAAAAGGAAAAGAUUCUGAUGAGGAUGGUUGGAAAGGGCACAUCAUCAUACUUGACAAAAAGCUGCAAGUGAAGUCCCAUUAUAAAGGAAAAGGAAUUCAAUCCUCAGCAGCAGUUACAGAAGAAACGUUUGGUCCAGGAUCGAUAUCCUACGACAGGAAUGGAAACCUAGUUGUGGCAGACAUGAAGAGGAAUACAAUAGAGCUUAUCAGUGGUUUGGGGCAGUACAUCAAAACUUUGUGCUAUAACACACAGGGGCAAGGAGUGAUAGGACUUGAGAACGGUCAAGUACUGUGGACAAUGUCCGAACCGUCUGCGGGAAAGUGGUCGAUACAACUCCUUAAAUAUUUCUUGGACUAAAUUGAGAACAAAUAGUUCUGUCUCUGAACUAGCAGUGAACAGUUUUAGAAACAGAUACGGAUGUCAUGUGGACUCAGGAAAAAGACAUGAAUUUGAGUGAACACCACAGGUGUCAACCUCUGAAACCUGCGAUGAGGGAGAUCUCCCUCAUUCCGUAUCUCAAAUAAGGGAUAAAGUGUGUGAAAAUCUUUUGCUCCAUUUUUUCCAGAGAGAAGUGUUUCUAACACAAAUUUCACUUUGUUGGGCAUAUAGUGAUAAUGACUGCAUUAUGAAAUUAAAAAAGUAAAUAAUAAAGCAACUGUUCGCAUUUGAUCCUUAAAUAUUUUUCUUGGUUGUAUCUGCACCCUUAUAGAUUUUUUAAAACAAUAGUACUGUCACGGGUGGUCUAAAUCCUCUAAAGGUAUGUAAAACUGUAUGAUACUGUACAAAUUAUAACCAAAACAAUUCUAGAUAAAUUAUCAAAAAAGUUUUCCAAAAUUUUACUCUUUAAAACAUAACUUCCAUGCUUGGUUUUGAAUCAACAAUUCUCUGUUUCAACGAAAAUUUUCUAAUAUUUAAUCUUGAAUUAGAUUUGUAAAUAUUUUAAAGAUGUUAGAUGUAACUUCACAGUCAUGUUUCCUGUACAUUAUUUUGUAGAACUCUGCGGGUUCUUCAAUAUGCCUGUGUUGGUAUUUUUAGUUUCUCUAAUCACUCUGUAUUAUAGGAUUAGUCUUUUGGACCUGCCUUGUAGCUUGACAUUGGACAUUUUCUAUUGCUUCAAUGUGUUUUUCGAGAUGAGGACACAGGCCUGAUUUGCAUAUUUGAUGUGUGGCAUAGAUAAAGAUAUGUAUAGCAACCUAAAACUCCAUAUUAUCCAUUGUAUUUCGCUGAACUCUCAUAAUAAAAUU